AUGUUUGGUUUUAUGAAAAGCAAGCCGGCUUCUACAAGUACUAGCCCUCUUCAUUAUGAUGCUGCUGGACAGGAUAAGAAUGCAACUAUGACACCUGCAAGAAGAACUUCUUCUGAACCAGUGCUUAUUACACCAGAUAUGGAUGAUGAUGAUGAUUAUUUUGGAAGAGGUACAGCCACUAGGAAUAAGAAUAGAAAUAAAAAUAGUCCUGCUGACAAGAAAGACCUGGACAACAUGUCUGUUCAACAAUUAGAGGAUUAUGCGGUGGACCAAGCUCGGCAGACCACAAAUUCUGUGAACAAUUGCCUCAAAAUUGCAGAGGACAUGCAACAGGAUGCUACUCGUACUCUUGAAACCUUGCACGCGCAGGGCGAGCAAAUUACCCGGACUCAUAUGAUGGCUGCAGAUUUAGACCGUGAUUUGAGCAAGGGUGAAAAAUUGUUGAACAAUCUCGGGGGCAUGUUCUCGAUGCCCUGGAAGCCCAAAAAGACCAGGGAGAUCACAGGGCCGAUGAUAACACAAGAUAAUAAUUCGAAAGCAAAGAAAGCUAGUGCAGAGCAAAGAGAGAAGCUAGGAUUAGCUCCCAUUCCCAAAGGAAAGCAAACCUCUCGUACACCUCCUCCUGAACCAACGAAUGCCUUGCAGAAAGUUGAGCUGGAGAAGGCAAAGCAAGAUGAUGCCUUUAGCGAUCUGAGCAAUAUACUGGGUGAUCUCAAGGGCAUGGCUCUUGAAAUGGGAUCCGAGCUUGAUACGCAAAACAAAGCUAUGGAUCAUCUGUCAGUUGACGUGGAUGAAUUAAACUCAAGGGUGAAAGGUGCCAAUCAGCGUGCCCGCAAGUUACUUGCGAAGUGA